AUGUCAACCGAUACAAAUAGCACCGUUCUUGGCGUGGUCGUCAUAAUCCGUCAUGGGGACCGCGAGGGGUUCUAUCAGGAUCCGUCUACUUACGAUGCGUCUGAGACUACCAUUACUGCUGUUGGGAGCGUCCAAGAGGUUCAGCUUGGAACAUUGCUCCGGUCUAUCUACCUCAAUGAUUCUUCCAGCUCGCGUAUUCAGUCCAUGUCAUCCACCGCGCUGUUCAAUGCUUCGCAGUUCGUCAUCCGCGCAGAUGCAGGGGAUGAAGGAGAAGUUAUCGUCGAUUCUGCGAAUGCUCUUACUCAGGGCCUUUUCCCCAAUUCGUCGUUUUACAACACGACUUUGGCAAAUGGAACUACUGUUGAAGGUCCUUUGAAUGGUUAUCAGUACGUGCCCAUUGAUACUCUCGACUCGAGCACCAAUAUCGAGUUCCAAGGCUUCACAUCUUGCUCGACCUUUACCACAUACGUAAACAACUUCUAUAACUCGACCGAGUUCAAAGCGAAAGCCAACGAAAGUGCGACAUUCCUGUCUGACCUGGCUCCUUACCUCGACGGCAGGCCAGUUAACUUGCAAAAUAUGUGGAAUAUCUUCGACUUCAUGAAUGUCAACUCAAUUCAUAACGCUACCUUCUUAAACUCCCUUCCUCCGACCUACCUCGCACAAACCCGUGCGUUGGCCAAUUGGCACCAGUACAACAGUUUCUCUGACCCUUCUAUCAAUGGAAUCGGCAACGUCGCCGGGCGUACCGUGAUUCCGUCUACUCUCAGUUAUAUGCAGCGGAUGGGGAACUCCUCAGACGGAUUGGCGUUUGCAGUACAGGCAAUGUCCUACAAACCGUUCCUAUCACUGUUCAAUAUGACGGGAGCUGCUGAGGCCAACUCUUCUCUCGCUGCUAUCGUCGACUACGCGGCUGCAUUGGCCUUGGAAGUCCGUCAAGGAUCGUCUGGCGAAAAGGUCGUCCGCUUCAACUUUAAGAACGGGACAUCUCAGGAUGACUUUGUUACCUACAAUAUAUUCGGAACUGAAGGUGACCUCCCCCUUUCCACCUUCGUGGAUAAUCUGGCGCCCACUGGAGUCAAUACCACCGCCGAGUGGUGCUCUGUCUGUUCGAAUUCGGUUGACAGAGGCUGUGGCGCGCUUGCGCUUGCAUCGCAAGCUGCACUUGCGACUGUGCACCACAACAAGAUCUCCCCAGUUGGCGCAGGCUUCCUCGGAGCAGGCCUAACUCUGGCUGUCGUAGCAAUCUGUUUCGGGGUAUUGGCAUUCUUGGGUAUCUUGACCAUUGGAAGGAGGUCCCGCAGGGCGACGAAGCAAGGUUCUGAAGACGGAAAGUUCUGA